AUGUGGAAUAUACUGAACAUCGUCUUCUAUUUGACAAUUUACGUUAAUGGCAAGGCAGGUAAUUUUGGACGGGGGAUUUCUGGUGAAGCUUCCUGAUCGCUUGUAUUUACUAUACACCAAGAGUUGUAAACGUCGCAGGCAGUCAUCUUGUUUACUCUGAUUUUCUUGCAGUGGUCGGGCACUACUACCGCCGUCUCAGGUCCAGGGAGGGUCAGAAAACUUGUACGCCGCGCCUUGCACCCUCGUUAUUUAAAAAGUUCUGUAAAGGUGUACGGCUAUGUGAGAACGACAAAUGGUGCCGGGGGCCAGAGAUUUGUUCAUGCCAUGAACAUUGCGGGAAAGUGUGCAUUGACCCAAGUAAGUCUUACGGUUUACUUAAAAUUCUGCGAAAUUCAAUCGCUCGUUCGCCUUGUUUGCAUCAAAGAAGUCUAGUUCAUGACAAGGGAAAAUCUUUUCCUUACGGUAAAAUUAAAGUUAUUCAAAUUAAAACGAGUCCCGUUUCUCUUAUCAGCGACAUAAAUUUAACUUGUUAAUAUUUUACCAGGAGAAAUGUCGAGUAAAGCCUCGUUGUUUCCAUUGAUGAUCAAUACACAACAACAGUCACCGAUCGAUUAAAUCUAACUUCAGUGAUUUCUUGUGCCCUCCACGAGGCAUGAAAUUAAUGAAGCGGUAAGGAAAUUUUAUUUUGGAUCGUCUCUUCUGUGUUAUUUCCUUAUCCAAAACUAAGAAUUUUAUUCAGCAAAUAAAUCAAGUGGUAGGCGUCCCAUAGAUUAGUUUCCAUUUAAGUUUUAACUUCAUUAGAGUGAUUUCAAGGGAUGGCCCGUUGAUUCACUCCAUGGACGUCCUUUGAUCUGUUUAUUCACUCCUCGGAGAGCGGGAUUUUUAGAUCCUAUUAUUAUCAGCCAGAUAGCUCUGGUUGAUCUAUUGCACUGACUGAAACGUGAAUGGAUGACUGAAUGAUUGGCAUUGGGGUCAGUGAAGCUUUACUUUCAUUUCAAGUCGUUUCGAAUCGUACACCUGUUUAUCUGCCGGCUCAAUGGUGGCUUUUCGAUUUUAUUUUGCACCAAUAGCCUGGAGCCAUUUGCGAUUAAUUUUCACUCGCUAUCUGACAAUAUCAUUGUAAAGCCGAUGAUUGAAAAUGACUGCAAGCAUAGGUCGCGCUCGAUCUCCGGGAAUUUUUUCCCUUUUCAAAAAAAAGAAAAUCUAGGAAAAAAAAUUGCGCACGACUAAGGACCAAGAUUACACCCUACUCUUGACUCUUAUCUUUCGUUUACAAAAGUGCCUUUCUUGAUUAGUAGCCGGCCAGUUCCCGCGAGUUCUCUUGUUUCCAACAGCUGUUCCAGUGUUGGUGUUUUCCCUUUGAAAGUGAGGGAUAUUUAAAUCGCCGUCUGUUGUAGCACUGUCUCCCGCUUAGCUCGCGCAGAGGCUGUCGUGCUUAGGUCUUGAAAGGGGUUUCUUUUGUGUCACUUUGACAGAAAACCCGCUUAAACAUGACGUAUGGCACGUGUCGCACGCUUUAGUCCAAAUAAUCGUUCCUUUCCAUAAGUGAAAUUCGAUUUCGUUCAGCUUGGUUAAAAAGUCUUUUCAUUUAAUCUACGCGCUUCCUUAAACUCGCCCGGAGGUUGUUGUAAAUUACAAAAUGAAGUUUACGUUAUUAAAGUACCGCAAACUCUAAACAGAAUUCUUAUGAUAGAUGCCGGUCGUGACAUGGAUUCAAGCGGACUUAAGUCCGCCCGUGGCAAAUUGUUUGGUAAUUUUGACGUACGCGUUAAAUGUUAUUUUAUUGUUAAUUGUCAUACAGCCCAAAAAUCCCGGUCUAUUCGAGCAUGUGUUACUUUGCAAAAUUGAAAAGCGGAAUUCUAUUUUCCAUUGAUUCAAGUCUUGGAAACCAUUGUAGAACAUGUGAAAAGAAUAAGACCCGUUUUACGCGAACUAAUUUUCCAGAACAAAAGGCCUCUUUUUGUGAUUUGACAUGCUCGAGUAAAGACCGCGCUGUGGAAGACUUCAACUUUGUCAGUCGGUUUAAUAAUAGGAUUUUUUAAGUAAACAGAGGACCAGAAACUUUUUAUGCAGUAAAGUUCAAUUUUUCUAAAUAAGAAAGGUUAAGAAUUGACACAACAACAAAAACAGGACAAGUCUUAUAGUUUUCGCUUUUUCUUUUUGGUAAAGCGGAGCUAAAAAGAAAUCUCUUUAAAUGCAUGUCGCCGGUUCGUAGAGUAUGAGAAUUUUCAAGAGGAUUCUAGCACUAUUCGCCUUAAAACUGUGGCAUUUGACACUGAAAUGAAACGCGUUGUCAAACUAAAACAAAACCUUUGUCCAUUUUCUAAGUUCGCGCGUUUUAAUCUUUCCUUGCGAUUCCCAGAGCUAUCAUUAAGAAGGCGAGAAAAUACGCAUUAUUCGAACAUAUACAGGGAUCAAAGAUGUUUACCUACAGGGUGCGAUAUGUUUGCAUAAAAAUGAAAACAGCCACAGUAUUUAAUGAGAAAUGCUUUUCUGAGAAUUGAAAGCCGUUAUUAAAAAGAGCUCGGGCGUUGUUCUAAUUAUAGAGAAAUUGUCAUGGAAGCGAGUUUAGGCUACUUGAAGAAGAAAAAACAGACUGCGCGCGUUUUGUCUCUCUUUUUUGGAUCGCGUUGGACAUCACUCAAGGCGAAGUCAUAAGCACGAAACAGCUUUUUACUUGCCUCAAACGAUGAACAGUUCGAGAACUCCGCGAGAGGUCACAUUGAAUUAUUGAAUGAAAUCCUGGUGAAAGCCUUUGUUAUCCAAAUUGUCAAAAAACGUUUUGGGGGUGUGCUUAAUUUCCAUAAAAAUCAUUCGUUGACAAAGAAAUCAAAGCUUAAGUAACCUUUCAUUGUCAUUGAUUUUCUUUUGUACAGUCUGCUUUAAAAUCUACUUUAUUGUAUUGUAUCUAACUCAUUCAUUUUGCCUCCCUUAUCAAAUUAUGUCAUAGCUGAAUUGGUUUCUGGCAUCUCGGUCUUACUCGUUUCAAAACAGUAUUGGUUUCGCGCGCGAAGUUUAUUCUGUUUAGAUCUACAAAUAGACUUGGUUUAGCUGCUGAAAAGAUAAAUAAAAGAAAGGCCUGGAUCAAAUAAGGAAAAUAUUUAUUCACUCGUGUAUCAGUUCAAAGACUGUGGAUAUUUGUUUUUUCCCUGUGUUUUGUUUCUUCCUUUUCCCUGAAAUAAUUUCGAAAAAUUACGCAUGCUUUUCUGUACUUUUGUGCUCAAAACAUUACUCCACUUCGAAUAAAGUAAUUUCGCAGUCCACGUUGAACUCAUAAUCCCGAAACAAAAUGGGCCCCAAUUUCUUAAAGGUAUCUUAGAGACACUAAAAGAAAUUUUGUCUUUCAAAGCUACCACAAAAAUACUUAAAGACACAGGAAGUCUUUGGACUAUUUUGUAAGUUAACAGGAAUAGCUUAUUUCACUUUCGAGUCAAUUUGUGUAUGUUUUCAGGUCUUUCAGUUUUACUUCCCGUAUUUCAAACAAAGACUUUUAAGCAAGUGAUACACAUGUUGUCUUCUCCACGUGGCUCGCUGCAAAUAACUGACAAUAUUGUUUUUGAUUUCUGUCAGUCAAUUCAGUCCAACAGAUUUAGUUUGGCUGAGAGAAUCAUCUAUAGCUUAUACUAAUCCUUUAAAUUUCUAACCUCAUGAAAUUCUCAGUAAGAAAGAAACGCCCUUAGAUUUGUAAGGACAUACAGCCAAACGUUUUCUCUUCGAAUUUAUACCAAGGUCCCGCAGAGAGGAGAGUUUUCGACACGAUGAAAUAUCUUAAGACUUCCUUUGAGAAGAAACCACGGGAAUUUAAAGCAAUUUUGACCAUUUGUGGUCCCAUAAUUGAAUAUUCUAACUUGAGGGAAUGAUAAUUACACGUCCUUUGUAUUAUUAUGCUUCCAACGUUGCUGAAGACCUUUGCCGCAUUUUAUCACCGCACCUCAGACUGAAACGAACUGUGAAUACAGUAAAUCCUUAUGACCUCACGGUUAUGAUAUCAGGGGCACCCAACGGCAAUUUUCGGGAAAAUAUCUGUUCGAAAGACGAUUUGAGAACUAACGGAAUUUUCGGAACAUUUGUUGUAAAAUUUCUUGCUUGCCUGCCUCUCCAAGGAUUUUCGAACAUCUACAAAAUGGUAUAAUUACCCAUUUUAAACGGAUAUUUACCCUAAAAAAGGCCACCUAGAAUUUUCGGGAGCCUUUUCCUGGCUGAAAUUUUAGAAAAGGUAAGUUAUGAUCCCUAUAAUUUUCGGAUCACUAGACUUUCAGCUAGGAAAUCCGAACAGAUGAAAAGUUUUUAGGGGAUAAAAAUAUGCCUAUAUCUACCGUUUAAAUACUAAAAUACGUUCAACAAUCCUAUGUUAAGUGGUUUUGAACUAUAUCCUCGUUGGGUGCCCCUGUGAUAUCAAAACUUCUAAGUUUCAUAAGGGAAUAUGUUCCGAAACAGGAAAACGUACCGUAGGACUAAGUUAACUAAGGCGUUUUCUUCGAAUUUCGAUUGGUAUCACGCCAUGCGGGCCGGAGCUCACAUUCACAUGACUAAAGUGGAACCUCGAUGUAACGAACCUCUGUAUAGAUCGUUCGUUAUAACGAACGAUUUCUUUACUCCAGUGAUAAUUAAAUAUAUGGAGCAAAGCACCGUUAUAGAGAAUAUAUUUUGCUAGUCCCUUGCAGACCUUUGGUUAUUUUGAGGUUCCACUAUAUACAGAUACAAAAGUUAGGAGCUUUUGGUCUAGCUUGCACAGCAUAAAAAUCGUAGCCACCAUAGUUAAGUACGAAAAAGAGCUAUCAUAAUUCUACGUCCCAUGACAGUUUAUCCACAGAUUCGAUGGUGGAAAUUGAAAUUAUCAGUUCAUAAACGACUUAAGCUCUUGAAAGAAGGAAGAAUUCCGGAAUUUUUGCUUUUGAGUUGUGGUGACUGCGCGAUGAAAGGACUACCGUAAAGUUCCCAUAGUAGCGACCCCCCGAAAGUUAGGAUCCCCAAAGUAACGUCAAAAGUUUCUGACUUCUAAUAAACCCCGAAAAUAGGGAGCUCCCGAACGUAGUGACACCCUCGAAAGCAGCGAGCCCCCAAAAACUAUCGAGGCUAAGUUUUUUCAAUUACGUUAUAAACAUACCGAAUGUCUUUAUUGUUUUCCAGUUGCAAUCCAUGGACAAAUUUUUAAUGUACAAUACUAACAUCUUCGUGCAUUUACAAAUUUAUCACGAUAAGGCACCAAGGGAAACAUGAUCAAACAUGGCAUACCUGAAACUAUCAUUCGUCGGGUUGACGUCAGUUCACAGAUUGCACAAUGUAAAAACUAAAUUGAUUAUAUAAAGUUCAUAUCAACAACAUGAACGUUUCUUUCAAGUUAAAACUGAAACUUCUGUAUACUACACUAUGAAACGACUUUGUUUGUCAUGGAGUAAAAGCACUAAGUUUAGCUUUCCUCCCCUGAGUCGGAGAAGAAUUUAUUGCUCUCGUUUCUUAUCAGAGUAUUGCUGUAUUUAGUACGUAGUAUACCAUAAAACACAAAUAAUUAAAUGUUUGUUUUUUAAUAUUAUGUUGUUUACUUUUCGUUUGGGGAAAGAGCUAGCGCCAAUUUGUUUCAUCGUUUUUGGUCCCCCGAAAAUAACGACCCCUCGAGAGUAACGAGCCCCAAAGGCUGCUAAUUUCGAAAGUAACGAGGAUCGCUAGCUACUAUGGGAACUUUACCUGACGGUAGCAAUUUAAAAAACGCUUACAAUUAAAUCAAACUGACCUAUUUUUAAUUUUGAAAACUUCCUCGCUAUAUAAGCCUCAUAGGACUAAUAGCAGCUGGUAUCGAAACCUCCUAAUGCAGAUUUAAUUGUGCAAUUUUAUCUCGAGAUGGAGAGGGUCACCUUCCUUGUUAUCUCUGAAGUACAGUGAAUAAUUACGACGACAUCGAUUUAUGGCAUGGUGACCUAGAGUAAAGACACCUUAGCUAGGGCCAAAAUAUUUCUUUCCGUGCUUUAUCAUCUCCAAGAUUAAGAAAUUUAAGGGACCGCCCAAAACCCUUUUCUUCAAGCUCUGAAUUCAUCAUAGCCAUUGCUACUUAGCUAGUAGCGCAGGUGAAAGUUUCACUUUUUAGAAAAAGAGCUUUAUUCGUUCAAUUAACUUUGAGUAACUCAAUUAAGGUCAAGGAGUUUUUUGGCACAAUUUUAAAGGUAAUUUUCCCAGCCUUUGUUUCAUCACUAAGGUUUAUAUGUUUAUGCUUAUCAGGAAACCAUAAAUGUUCGCAUAAUUGCCGGAAAUCUGCAUAUGUGACCUCAUCGUGCCUUUUGGUCGGACAAAUCGGCAAACUUCCAAAUACCAGUAACAUUAACUUCUAUAUGCAAAUCCAGUUAGACGUUUAUGACAGCACUUUCCGAGCAAGAUAACGAGCAAUGCAUAAUCACUUUGUGAAGAUAGGGAGCGAGGUGACCGUCUGCCUGACCCCUUUUGGUGCCAUUCGCAGUCAAAUAAAAAUGCCAAAUUUAAUUUGAAAAGAAGAAUGAAAAAGAUGAUCCGUACCGCAAAAAGGAAGAACUGCCAACAGAUUUACUUUUAAUUGCCAAACUUAACGAUUUCAGCUACUACUUUGAUCAAAAGUUGUAAGCCACAAAGUACGGCACCUCGGGAAAGAGGCUCAGCUAAACAAUAAAAGAUAUUCAAGCAUCCAACGAUUUUUUUCUGUAAAAUAUCUUUUCGAAGCAUCAAAUAUUGCCUAGAAUUUUCUUAAGCUCUAGCAAGGCUAAAGAGCUCUGGAUAAUUAUAACCGUUUUAUUACAACUUGUCCUCGGAAAAAAGCUAGAAAAGAAUUAUUGAAGCUAAAGAAAGGCCGGCAUACAACAUUCUCCAAACAUUUUGUUAGGAUAGUAGCUACGACAGUAGCUAGAACGUUUGCAAUAAAUCUUUAUAACUGUUUUCAAAAAACAUAACUGAUUAAUCGGGUAAUCUACAACAAUCUAGAACAGUAUUUUUAAAACUGACGACAGUGCUUUUUGCAAGGUGGUCCUAACUUGGUAGGUCUAGAAUUAAAUCCUAAACUUUGAACUUUCAAUUGAAAGCUAAAUAUAUCCCACCAAAGUGGCCCGGGUUUAACUGAAUUCCUCCAGGAGGCAACACCAUUGCAUGGUUAAGUUUGUUGUUGGUUCUCUGUCUUCCUCCGGAAAGUUUUUCUCCCGGUACCUCAGUUUUCCGCUUUCCAAGUUCCAGUGCGAUCAGAAAGAAUAUACAAAGAAUCCCUUUAUGGAUGUGUGCUACCACUAAAUCUUUAUUCAUCUAUUUUAUCUGUUAAGUAGUAUUUUCUUCUGCAGAUUGAAUCAGUGCACUUAAGAGCGACCCUCCCACUAGACUUUUUGGAAGAGUGUUUCACGCGUUUCGCAUUCAAUGUCAUUCAUUUUCUGAGUGUUGAAUAAAAAGAUUACCAACAAAAAUAGGGCAAUACCUCAGCUGUUUUCGAGAAAAGGAGAAACUGACACGGUUUUGUAUAUAAAACGGACACAUUUAGGUUAUCUUACACAAAACAAAAAUCAAAUCAGUUAUAAAGACAUUUCCCAUAACGGCCGGCUAAUUUUCUGGAGAUAAAAGCGACUUGUGUGAUAGUAAACUGCAUAGCGCUUGAAAAAAAAUAUCUCUAUUGUUCUUUUUAACUUUGAUAACGGUUUGCAUUAAAAAAACGGAAGCUUCUUAGACAUUUAAUAAGCAUUUGGUGUCAUUGACCGCGAUACUUCAGGGCACCUUUAGGAACUUAAGCUCGAUUUUCGAGUCGUUUAGAGAGUCCGUUUUUUAAUUGCCAUCAAGGUGAAUGAAUAGGUGCGCUUUGGAGUCUGCAGAUAAAUCCAGUUAAGUAUAUUUUAUAAUCAUAUAAGGCGUUAACCCAUUGACACCAACUCUUUAAGUAUAAGGCACAUAACUGGCGCCAUGCAUCUCUGUAGUGCCACAAUUAAACUUGAACCCAGUACGUGUAACGUCAUCACUAGUUCUGUUCAAUAAGACUGUCAAUUUUAAACAUAAAUUGUGCUGGAGGAAAAAAAAUCUCUCAAAUCAUGCUUUAGCUAGCGUGGCAGGCUUUCGAAAGGGGAAGGCAAAAGAGAAACUGAGAACAUCCUCUCCUCUAUGACUGCUUCUCGACGAAGCCCGAUCUUUCCUCUCCAGACCGCUCCCUCGGCUUUCGACUGAGUGAAUCCACAAGAUUCCAGUAAAUACGGUUGUAAAUUAAAGCUUUAGAAAAAAAUAGUCUGUGAUGAACGUUUUUGUGGAAGCCUUUUUUGUCUACUGGAAAUCAAAUAAUUGAAGAUAAAACGAAAACGAAAAACGAAGAAUUCAAAUUUACUUCAUGAGCAUGUAUGUACCAAUCCCAAAACUCGCGUCUUAAUUGAUCAAUCAAUUCAUUCAUACAUUUUUUAGUUUCGUGCAAAUUCUAGAAUAUUUUUGCAUCAUUUUUUCGCCAGGGAAGGUUAAAGGGCUUUAAACAUUUAACCUUAAAAGGCAACUAUUUGCAAAAGUUUCAGCAGUUCGGAAAUAACCCCAAAUCUUGUUAUUUCUAAAUGUCAAAAGAUCAAAUAUAAUUAGUGAUAUGAUCAUGACCUGAGUGUUUGAAGGUGGCAUACGCGCACAGUAUUCUGAACUUUCCUGAGCUUUCUCAACGGCGCAAAAUGUGUUGCGCAAUAGGUCGCGUAGCUGUCUUUUUGCAGUUAGCCAGAUUAAGGGGUCGCAAACAAGGUCGAAGAAAGAAAAGACUAGAACGAACAAACUGACCAGUUAGCACGAGGUUCCUGACAUACCUUUUCUCCUCGAUGACCCUGACAUUUCAUCUGUAUCAUUGUAUCUACUGACACACAAUCAUACAGACAUGUUUGUUGGAAAUAGGAACGUAAAACGCAUCUAAAAGCAAUCAUUUUGUAAGAACCUUAAACUGCGAGCAGUUUUUCUUCAGAUUUAGUGAGGGGUGUGCACGCGCGCGCGAGCGUCGAGCGCUGAAGUCGCGAGUUGCUCUCCUGUCUCGCGCCUUCAGUAACCCGCGUGGUCAUUUGCGUGUCUCGCGCGUUUUUCUCGAUGGACCAAGACUGAACGAGAGACUGCUCGUAGUCUAUAAGAACCUGGGCAAAGGUUAGAGAAAGAGUGUCGGGGAGUUAGAUUUGGGGAUUGCAUCCUACAGCCAAUGGUCGCCUGUGUGCGUUCAUAUCUUCAAAGUAACAUUUGAGGAACAGACGUAAUGGCGUGAUUGAUAUCACAAUAAAAUAUAUGAAGUUGGUUGCGUAUGUGAAUAUUGUGACAUUCAGGAAGUAACACAUACUGAAACGACCAAGUAAGAAUCUCAUUGCCCAUCAGGCUUUCCUACUAGAGUAUACUGAAUGAGUUAUAUAACACCUUUUUACUUAUUUUUUACACUUUUUACGCUUUUUUGUUCCUACUUUCUUUUACUGGUUCGCCUUGAUUUGCGAAGAUUUCUAAAUUUCGCAAAAUCGAAAACUACGCUGUUGUACUAUAUAUUGCCGAAUAUGAACUCAUUAGUUAGUGAUACUAUCUAAUGAUUUGCCAAUGCUUUAAACAAAACUUAGACGUGUUCAGUAAGGUUUUCAACUUUUCACCGAUACCUGUGACAAAGAAUAGCACUUAGUAUUCUUUCUUAGUUUUAUUCCAUAUUAUUUUUAUUUACUAAGAGCGAUGUUUAAGUUUGAGAACCCAUAGAGAUAUUGUGGUGCGCAAAAUAUUAACGAGAACCGCAACAGUAUUCCGAGUACUCUGAGUGAUGCUUGGAAGUUUGGUAUAAACAAUCUAAGUACGUCGUUUGUUGCUAAGCAGAAAAAAUAAAAUUAGGAGCUUGCUAUUCAUAAGAAUGAAAUCAAGGAGAAACUGGUUAAAAGGCAGGAAAAUGACUAGCAAAGAUAGGCAAAAAGUCGGUCAAAGAUAUCCCAGUUACACAGGACUAAAAACAAGCUUCCGUUACUACUCCAUAAAUUCCUGAUGAAAGACCCUUUUGAGACGCAUUUUGCAUCCUUUAAACGUUUUUUCCCCCAUAAUGUCUAUUUCCGCAGCACACUUUUUUUCUAUUAUCGGCGACACAUUGUUAGUUACAUUUUAUCAAAUUCUGUGGAUAAUAAUGCGUUAGGUUAGCAUACAGGUCGGCGUAAAGCCCGCACGAACCCGGUUGCUUGUUACGUCAAGGCGAAUAAGCUGAUUGGGAUUAAAAACGAAAUAUGCCGAGGUCGUCUGUUGUCGGAAUGCCAAUGUAUCUUUCCCAAUGCGAAAGUAAACGUCGGACUAUAAACAUAACAUAGCGGUGACAUAAUCAGCCAUUACACGGGAAUUUAAACAUUCCUGUAGCAAUGUAAAUGGGGUGAUACCCAAGUCAAUCUUCCCUUUCUUUUCGCUUUCCAUUAUCUCCAAUUUCUCUUUUCCCUUUUUCUUUUUCCAUUUUUUUAACGCCCUGGAAAAAGAUUUUGUCAUAGCCGAUCAUUGCAAUCGACACCGUAUAAAGCCAUAGUCGCCUGGCCAUUGAUGUUGGUGCUGAUGUCAUUCCGGCAUUGAUGUACGUAAGCUCUAACAAGAGACACCUCUAUAAUACUUCCACCAAAAAUUCAAAUAAUGUGUGGUAGGAAAGAAGUACCUAUCGUCUCUGUGGAUUAAAUCCUGAAUUCUGACAUUCAAAUAAUUCCUGAAAUUCACGGAGCUUCUUUCUAGCAAUGGUCCAGGGAGGUUACUAGAUAGUCAGUGUUGAAUGUUUAAUCUCACGUUUGAAAAACUCUAUUAAAUACUACUGUCGUAUGCUAAUUUAGUGUGGGAGUCAUUGCCUUCUUCUCUGGCUUAUCAUUUAGCCAGUUUCCUUGAACAUCUAGAGCACUUGGAAGGCACUGUGCUCCAGAAUGCCACUAAAAUAUAUCGGUGAAUGCUCUGCCCACAAUUGUACACACGCGUCAUCGUAAUAACCACCACCGAAGAACACGCGGUUUUGAAGACAAGCAAUAUCAACUGAAAGACAACGCGCAAAGCUUUGCGUGCGCCAUUUUGGGGUGGUGCUGACGUGGGCGCGGAAAAUACCUUGUCAUAAGGCAAUUUACUCCCUUAAUUAAUCACCUCUGAAACGUUUAAGUUCUAUAAACUUAGUAUCGUAAUAAAAGAUUUUAACCAUUUAAUGUAGGGGUUGCAUAAUUACCUAGAAACGCUAUAACAAGCACGCACAGCGUAUAGGCAAUAAAUUAAUCUACCGAACCAAUAUCUUUCAGUUCACUUAAUUUUCUCUAAGGCCCCAUUUACUCAUUAUUACAGAACAAUACAAAGGGCAAUACCGACCUAACAAUUUACUAAUUGUUUUCAGGAAAGGUUAAUUUUCCAUUCAUUAAUUUCAUUUUGCAAAAAAAAAAUGGAUUUUUCGCUAGAAGACUUUUCAAAUUUCUAAUUAGAAAAUUUGACAACUGGAGUCUUUGCAAAGAAAUUUUUUCUGUUUCCUUUCUGUAAGCUUUGCUUUUAGUGAAAUUGAUCUGAACUUGUACAGUACAAGAGAUUGCUUGAUCAUGUUUUUUAAAAAAAGAUUUUUCUUGUCGAUCUAAACAAAUUUACUAAUAGCUCAUUUAAACGGAAGCAAUUAGAGCCGCUUUGCUGUACAGACCUCCGCAAUCUUAUAGAUAAUAACUGAGCUGCACUUUAAAUAUGGAAUGACUCUCUAAAGAACCAACCUUUAAAGAAGUUAAUACUUUUUCAAAGAUCUUUCCUCUUUAUUCUCCUUACUAAAUACGUUUACCAAUCUCUCCCUUCAAAAAAUGACGUGAGCGUGAUAUUUCAGUCGCGUGAUUCUUGGGUCGCUGCGUCUGAGGUAGCUUUCGUCCGUGAUUUCCUGUAAUGCGGUUUUUCGCACCCUACAGCAAUAUAUUUUAUAUACAACUUAAGAUCAUAAACUUUGAAAAUGGUUUUCUAGAAACAAGACACAUGAUUAGUCAUGUAUUCACCGUUAACUGACAUCAAGACCGCCCAGGUUGUCUGACAGUGUAUAGAAUGUUUUGCAAAUAUAUCAAAUAUUCAAAUGAACGAACUAACUCUGGAGAGAAACGGUGUCCUUCCAUAUAUUUUCAGCAAAACUGACAAAGUGUUUGAACCACGUUUUAGAUGAUAGGAUGAGCUAAAUGUUUUUUUUAAGAAAUCAUUGAUAAAAAUGGAUUUCUAAUACAAUUGCAACUAGAGUAUAACUUAGGACUCAGGUCGCCAUUCAUGAGUCGAGGAUUAUAUCUGCUUACAAGCGCGCUCUACCGCUGAGAGCUCGUCCGUGUUAAAGUGAUUUCCUCUUAAUAAAACAGCCAGUGGCAGUCGUGCAGUGAUAAUGCAAAAAUGAAGCAAACACAUGAACUUCAAACAUGAUUAGCAAAAGAAAAUUAAUUCAUCUAAAUCUCGUAACGAUCGAAAGGAAUCAUCCAAAGAACCAAACGCGUUUUCCGACAAGACUUUUUUGAUGUCCCAUCAAAAAAAGGCUCUUUGAUUGUUUUUGUUUUUUUUUUUCUUUCGAUGGAGAUGACUGGGCAGAAGUGGAUUAAGCAUUAAGGCACAUAAAGAGGUCUUUUCAUUCGAAAAGUACGAACAUUGGCAAUCAAUGCCCCAAUACUGAACACGCAAAGCCUUACAAGAUACCCGCUAAGCCUACGCAAACAAAGACUCGCUCCUCCAUAUGAUCAAAGUUGGCUUUGUUAGACCAUGCAUGCAAAUGAAUCAGAGAGGCUAUAAAUAAACAAAGGAGUCCAGUUUGGACAACCUUUCAAACUGAAAACAUUGAAACCAGGGCUGAGGGAAAUAUGCGUGGAGACCUCAAGUGGGUUAAGCGCCAAAGCUUAACAUAUUUUCAGUAAUAUUUUGUGUAAGUUAUUGUUUGCUAUAAAGAGAUGAUGUUUUUCCUUUUAUUUCACCACCUGCAGCUAGUGAAGGGAAUCGAACCGUUACAAUUGGCUUAACUCGUCAAAGUUAUUGCAAUGUUAUGGCCCAGGAAUAACCGUUUCUUUGCGAAACACGUAUAAAGUCUGAACAACAUUUUACGCAGAAUCUUAUACUUAGUCUUGAAAUGUUCAGUGAACACUGCUUUUGUGAAAAGCAUAAAUUUCAGUCAAAUCCUAAGAACUUUAUGCAAAAAAUUAAAAACCUUUUUCCGUUGGAAAUUAACAAACUGUAUAUUAAAGCGGCACACUUCGGUUUGGAGAUGUGAGACCUGCUGAAAACUCUCAGCACCUCUGGGCCGUAAACUAUGGUUUAGCGUUCACAGGGCCACUAAUUGAACGUUAGCCUACAAAAGGUGUAACUGUACUCGGUGUGCCGUCUUCUUUGUCGAUCGAAGGAAUUAGCAGAAAAACUUUCAUUUCAUUGCAAUCCAUUGCUAUCUCUCUGUAAUAUUAAAACGCCGAUUUUGGUUGCUUGUUCUUAAGACAGGUGUAUAUUUUUCAGGCCUGUAAUUGUUGGCUUAACAUAUACCCGCGCUGUUGACUUCAAUUGAAGAUAGCAUUAUGCUAUUCAAUGAAUCGCGUUCAAAAAUCUUUUUCAAUUGAGAAUUUCUAACAUUCCUCGUCUAAAGCUUUGCUGUGGAGUUAUAUUCCUUACCUUCGACUCAAUUCUUCUCGAUUUCGCCGGGUUGUGUCCAUGGAUCAGUGGAUUGCCGCAGCACUUUAUGUUGCGGUGACUGAUUCAGUACUGGUUUGAAAUGCCAUCUAGCUUGACUUUUACGCCAAUAAACUAACUGAUUGAACUUAUUGAAAUUCUAUACUUCGAUCAGUAAGCGAAGCCCUAAAGGAUCACAAUUUAAGUCCUUCGUUUCUCGGAUGCACAGCAUGGAAUAUUACUCGGUUUAGAGAGAAGAACGGACGCUCUCCGCGAUAGGGUUUCACCUACACACUUUACGAACGUGUUUAUUGUUUAACUUUGAAUUCAGCUGAUGGUCAUUUGUACAGUUCCUCUUUUGCCAUUUAGCCGGCCACAAAUACAACGUGUUUAUCGCGUUUUCUUUGUGAGGUUAAUUCCACCCGCCUUCAUUAAUCAGCAACAACACAGUUGUACUCCCUAGAGAUGGAGAAGGCCUUGUUUGCCGAAAGAAAAUGGUGCACUCUGAUUGGCUGUGUUUGAGUGUUUUUUUCAAACGAUCAUGUGUUCCAUUGUUAAGUACACGAUGCCACUUGUCGUAACAUUUUUUUGUGUGGCUUGAAGCCACUGUACCCUUUUUAUUUCCUUUGAUACAUUAAAAAGAUCAUCACGCCAAUACAAGAAAAUAAGCAGACUUCUCGAUUCUAUCACUCACUGCCAAUUUUUUUACUCUUAAACUUGACCCUGAGAGAGUUCAUGAGAAGGUGUGACAAGCACCUAGGUUUUCGAGAUCAUUUGCGGGCUCACAAGUCAGUGUAAAAUGAAUGGAAUCACAUUACGGCAAUAAACUGGAACAAUAGAAAAGUUCAUUGAGUUUCAUCAAAAGACAAACUACUCCCAGUAACAACAUGAACAAAAGAAAUGUAACGUAGGUUAAUCAGUAGAUCACGGACACUUUCAAAAAAUGACAGCUUCUUUCUCCCCGGUUUGUUUGAUCAAGCCUUUCUUCUUUCUUUCUUUCUUUCUAUUUUUUCUUUUUUCUUUUUUCUUUUUUCAAUUCAACAACGUCGCCCCAAGGAUGUUUUGAUAGUUUCUGCGUACACCUGUUAAUUUUCCUGAAAGUAGUUUUUUUGUUAUGACGGGUGGGACUGACCCAAGAACACAUGGUCUUAGACAUAGUCUAAGCCUUACUUGACAAUCUCGUCACCUGUACCACCUCCCCACCACCCCCCUGAAUUAACAUUCUAUCGACACGUGGCGCGAAGUCAUAUGACUUGCGUCACGUGAUUGCCUAUUUUAGCGCUUUUCUUUUUUGCUCUUUUUGGAAAUGAACGCUCCAAUAUUGCUGACAGGCAAAACAAUAUUGCAAAAGAGCUCGUCAAACAAAUUGGAAUUCAUAGCUGUGCUUAAGUGCUGCAAAUAGUAUUUUCAGUUAGGGUAAAAGAGAAAGCACACCAACAAUAGGAAUAUUUCAAGGACAUUUUAUAGCAAUGCUAUUGAUCUUAGUGUAAGUCUACACAAGGUCACACAGAAUGAACAUAAUCUCUAAAGAAGAUAUUUAAUCAAUAAGAAUCAGAGAUUCUUCGCUAUAUAGUAAAAAAUAGAUAGAUAUCGAUUUAUGAGUGGUAAUCACAACGUGGCAUCUAAAAUUGUUGAACAAGUCUGGACCUGCAAUUUAUGCAAACGACUCUAGACCCCAAAAUCGGUGAAGUUUUGUCUAUGUUGUAUUGUUCGUAUUAACAUGUCAUAAUUCGAUUUUAUUAACUUGUGAAAAUCUUUGUGUCAAUAUUCAAUGCGAUUUUGAAAUAUCGCCAGGUUGGAUGUUUACAUUGACAAAUGGUAAUUCAUCUUGUGCAUUGCUCGGGCUUUUUUCGAAGGUUCCUUAAGACAACAAACUAAGGGAAAAUUCUAGUUCUUAAAGAAAGAUAAUCGUAUUAAGGUCCUCCUUGCACUUUACUUGCUCGGAGAGAAAUUCUAUACUGUAUUUAGUUUUUCAUUUAGGGAUGAGGAGGUAAUUGUACAUUUCUUUCACAAUUCACCACGUUUCAAAGAAACACAAAACCGGAAAAAGCUGGUUAACAUUUUGAAAGGAACUCUGUCGUACAUAUUUCAAUAGUCAAUCCCUUUCGUAUGGUUUGUUACAAACGUUAAGCCUUUAUUUCGUCUGGCUUUUGUUAAAAAAAAACCAGAGAAACUUAUAUAAAUAAACACGAAAUUAAUCGAGAUAAUCUUUGACUCGAAAAAAUCAGCUUAGCAAAAUUGUGUUGUUCUGUCCGUCUGGGGCAGUAUCCAGUUUAUUUUUAAAACAAUUCCUGUCAUUUAUAUGCUGUUAUCACGGAAAUCACGGGAAAGAAACAGUCUUAACAGCAACAAGAUCCUGUGGGUGUAGUCUACUCUAAACCUUAAAAUCCAAAAACAAUUUUCCAAGCGACCAACACUGCCUUAAAACGACAACACAGCGCUUUCCGCUUCACUUUAGAUGCCUUAUCUCACCGUGGGAAAAAUAAGGUCGCUUUAAAUUUCGAAAGUUGCUAUGGAAACUCUCUGAAAGGCACUUCACAGAAGUGAAACCUUACUUUAAGGCAGUUUUUGAAAAUUUAAGAAAACUCUUUGAAAAGUAUAGUUUAUGAAUGGGGAAUGAAGACUUUUUACAAAAAAGGGAGCAUUACUGAAGAACGAUCGUUACUUCGGGUUCGUAUGCAGGUCACGCGUUAACUACUGUUUUGACAUUUCGACAUGAUUUUGUUCGAAAAGUGUUUAUUGCCCUGUAAAUGCAAUCAUUAAUGUGUCAACCAAAUCAAAUAACCUGAAUAAGUAGGUCGCUGAAAGUAGAAUGUGGCUUUUUCGCUUUGCUGCGACCACCUGACUACAAAACGUCGUAACUUGCACGUCCUUUGCGAUUUUCCCACGUUUUGUAAUCCCUGCAAGUGAAAAGAAAACCUUGGCCUACCCGUUGAUGCUGACUAAUUAGACAGGGACAAUUACGGCUCUCUUGCCAGGCCGUGACGACACAAAACGCACGGCACUCAAGCCGAUUUUCAAAGGCGGAGCCGAUUCAUUGGUCAAACAGGAACCGGGCUCCGUGAUUGGACAAUCUCGCCACAAAGGAAGGAGAGCGCGGCGCUUGUCAGUGGAAAUGUCGGCGUUAACAUUGCAUAUGCAAAUACAUCUGUUGGAGACCACUUGGGAGUUGAACUCAGUGAAACUCUACUCCGGUUGUGGGAACACUGUGCUUUUCACGGAUUGAUGUCGAGUUGCCCAACGAUGCUCAAAACUUGAUCCAAGUUUACGGGAACUGAACAGCAAGUUCACUAUGAAGGGCUUUGCGAUCGCCAUUGCUUCGGUCUUGUUCAUUCCGAUAGUCCUUUCUGGUAAGUUGUUUUUCGAGAUGCGUGUUCUGGGCCAUAUUACAACCGUCAAACAAACUGGAUGGCACUCUGGAUAAAUGCUUCUCGAACUCAGUUCAUUGGACUCCUGGCUCGUCUCUGCGGAAAGCUCGCUUCGAAUGUGGAAAUCUGCGGCUUUGACAGAAGUUUGAUUGCAGCUUAAAGAAGGAAUCUAGCGCUUAAUUGAAAAGACGGUUGAAUUCAUUCCGUGGGGCGCACAUCAUUGUGUCUAACUGCGGCUAUAUUUACGCCUCUCGUUGAUAAUUACGUCGGUCGAUUCCACGCAAAUCUUGCUCCGAUCGUACGGCAUCAUUCAAGUUCAGAAAUGCUAGAAUACUACUGGUUAAGGAUCGGAGUAUUAAGUUUAAUAGUUUGACAGAAAUCGACCGUUGGUAGUUCUUAUUUAUAGGUCAACUUAUACGACAGUGUGUAAGUGGGUCGACUCCUUGUGGAAUUCACUCGCUGAAUUAAGUUUCGCAAAUAUGCGGCCACGAAAGUUGGCUUCGUUUGUUGCGAGUUGUUCAUUUGGGGCUCAAGAGAUAGGAAACGUAUCGAACAGCGUACAAGAACAGCUGUCCCUUUGCAGCUUGUAAAGUCGAGAGUAUUGUUUAAGAUUCCACCUGGCUUUGACGGCUUUUGGGUUCAACUUCGUGCUUUUGUUUGUCUCUUACAGCCUCCACGUGUACUCCUGAUUACUGCAAAAACGGUGGAACUUGCUCCAUUUUUAGAGGACAAGCCAACUGCACGUAAGUACCGACAAUUUCGUAGACUAACCCAGCUACAAUCUAGCGCUUUUAAUUCUCCUGGAAUUCCAGAUGAUGCUUUCGGCACGUGAAUUCCUACCUGCAUGGUUUCCUUACUAGUUGACAGAGCGAUGUUUGUUUAAGAAGACAGCAAUGCGUGUCUAGUAAUCUCAUCGAAAGCUUAUUUUACAUUUAGUUAUCUUUUCACGGGGAUUUUUAGCUUUAUUUCGUCAUAUUUCAAACUGAAUCGUAACACAUGCUUCGCGCGUUCGAAAUCUGAAAGACUAGAAUGGACAUCCAUUUGGUAAAUAAUAGCCUCUAAAAAACCGCAAUUUUAUACGCAGUGGAGAGCGUGAUUUAAUUUCAUCCUGUUGCCUCCAAUCAUAGCCAGUUUUUGUCAACCAAAAUCCUCUUUAAAUCAAAAUCUAAAAGGUUGGAUGUUUUCGUGUAGCGUAAUUUUGACAGAAGCUGCCUAUGCAAUCAAAAUUACGGUUAAUUUAACUAUCCGCGCUUUAAUGACACAUGUUAUGUGGGUUACUCUUAACAGUUACGAGUCGCAAACAUCAUGCAUUAUUAAGAAAGCUUAGCAGAUGUUUUUAUUCAACAUAAAAGUGUCCUCAAUAAACUCGCUUUAAAAGUGAACUUAAUAAUGAUGAUUUAUUGGAAGUUGGUGUUGAAAAGUUUCCUCCACUUUCUGACGUUUGUUUCGCGUUUGAAGCGAGCGAGUGUAGUUUUCGCGUCGACACGUUUUGAAAUGCUUGGUCCUAAUUAACAGUGCUUUUAUAUUGAUAAACUUUCAAAACUUCAGCUUAACAACUCUAAGUUAGUUACAAGGUGAAACAAAGGGUUAUUUAGAAGCACGCCAACCGAUUUCCGAAGCGUCAAGAUUUGUGUUGUUGUUCGUUUGAAAACGUUUGCGUUAGUGGAAAUGGGCCAGUCAAACAAUUCUACCCGUUCUUAUCAUAGUGGCAGAAAUGGUCUCUGUGGGGAUUAAGAUCCGGAAUAAAAUUCUAUAGAUUAUUGAGCUCAAAAUUGCUGCUCCACAAUCUCUAUUAGUAGUCACAAUAGCAUAAAAUUUUUCAAAACAAUGGUUCCCCGGCCGCCAAAAAGAGACUCGACACAUGAUCAACUUACCCGUUUAUGGUUAAAAAAUUCAGUGCGGAAACUUUUGCAAGAAAAAUAGUAACUCGAGAUUGUCUAAUUCUUUCUUGGAUUAUUGUUUUUCCUCUUUUCAUCACUUGCCUGUUUGUCUCGCCUGACAUUAAUUCUUUAUUUACGAAAACGACAUUUCUGCGUGAGUUUUAUUGGCUUUUUUGAAUAAUCUUUAUUUACUUAAGUUUCUUUCAUCCGAAGAAUGUUUCUCUUAUUUGCCAAUUUAGAAAGACAAGUUCCUGGCAAUACUUUAGGACUGAAAUGCGCCAAGUUACGCAUUUGUACGAGUGUGUAAGAGUGUUAAAAAAAACAUUUGCGUAAUUCGGCUCUCGGUUCUCUCUGUAAAUCUUUACGAUCUAUGGUGUAUUACACUAAAACACAGUUCAAACAAAAUGCUGUCAUAUUAUCAAUCUGCAAAGGUUGUCAUUCUUUCGGAACGACGCUUUCAGUUUCAUUCUCUUGAAAGGGAGUCGAAAAAAAAGUUUUGAACACUUCCGUUGGUCUUAAAGACGAAAGCGCAAGUGGUGGCCGCGGUGUAAGAUUCUUUUUAAAAUACGCGUUAGCGUAAAUACCGUGCUAAAAUUAAACUUAUAAAAUUUUCAUCCAAGUGUCUUCCAGGUCGAAAGUAGCUUUGCCUAGAGUAAUAACAAGCAUGGGGGCACAGACAUAAUUGUGCCUUUUAAUCAAAUUAGACUUGAAAGAAAGAAUGGAUGCCUAAUUUGAAAAUUUGCUUCAAAUCUGUCAGCUUCUUGAGGAAGGAGACAUGUUGUUUUCUUACAGAUUUUUGCUAGCAACUUCAAGUUGCUUCUGCCAGGAGAUUGGUCAUGUGCGCUUAUUUGUUUCCCUUGCUUGAAACAAGUAAGAAGGGAAUGAAAUUUAAGACUACCCGGAGCUUGAAUGAGGUUUCGCAUUGUCAUAGCCAUUGUUCGGUCAGCAUGAAACAUGUGGAUUUCAUAAGAAGCAGCUGUACUUAUCGGACUGGCAUAGAGAAUGUUUUUCAUUGGAGGAAAUUAAUUUGAAAAUCGACAAAAUCAAUCGCAGCUUUUUCUCCACUUUCCUGGUGAAGUUAACGUUACAGAGGUCUGCAUGUAGGUUUUUCAGGCAGAAUUAUGACUGUUUUUUAAUGAUAUUGGGCCACACUUGGGAACAGAAAAGCAUAUUAUUUCAUGUUUUAUUCAUAAUAAUGUGACCUCAAAUAGCUUUGUAGUGAUGUGAGUACUGGGUGGACAUGUUUGGGAUUAGUAAAUUAAAAGUGAUAGUGUUAAAUAGCGAUUAACUGAUUGUCUAGAAACCCAAAUUUUAGUUCUAAAGUUUGUGUAUACUAAAAUCUUCUAAGAAUUGACCUUGACGUAUACUUGUGUGCUGUUAUAUUAAGAAACAUAAUUAUUUUAUUCAUACAUAAGGUAAUUGUGAAUGUUUUUUGUUAUCCCACUAGCACAUAUAAGACCACUCAUGUAUAUUUCCUCCUCUUGGCAAUUCUCUUUCCAAAGUUGCCUUUUCAUGAAAUAAAUUUAAUGAAAAAAUUAAUCACUUUUGUUGCCAUGUUCCUCUUUUUAGGGUGUUUUUUUUUUUCAAUAAUAUGCAAAAGAGAGUUUCGCAUUCUUUUGAAGGGUGUUGCACCUCAGUGCUCAGGAAUGUCAUACAUUGUAUUUUAUUUAUUUUAUAUGUUUAUUUAAGCUUCUCGUGUUUUACUUUCAACAGGUACUGACUCACAGAAAAGUUUUCUUUGCUUUUCUUUUUUGGUUUUCAUUUUUUUCACCACAGUGCUCAGGAAUUUUCAUAUUUUAUUUUUUUAUAGUUUAUUUAAAGCUUCUCCUGCUUUACUUUUGACAGGACAGGUACUCAAACCUCCCGUUUGAUUUGCAGAAAAUUUUCCUUUUUUUCUUUUUUGGGUUUGCCCAAGAAGUGAAAUAUUUUGUUUGAACUUGAUUUUCUACAACCAUUUCAUUUUCAAAUUUAUCAAUGUGAAUUAAAUCUUUUUUUUGCAAGCUUCAGUUAGCAGCUAUUUAACUAUUCAUCAAUGUUUUUAUGUACUUGUGAGUGAUUACCGUAUUAUUAAUUUUAUUUCACAGCGUGGGCAAAUUUCAUACUGUGAAAUGUCGGUGACGAAUUUUAGCAGAUCAUGAUUGUUUCUGAUUGUUCAUUUGCAUCUUGUAAAUGUUUUUUUUACCUAAGCUGGGGUUUAGCAUGUGUUUUAAGCUGAAGAAAAAAUUGUUUUAAUCAGUACUAAUAAAUUGCAUUCAUUUGCAGUUAAGAAAUAUCUUAUUUUUGUAAAGCAUAAUAAGAUUUUCCUUGAACAGUAUUGUUUUGAAUUUAUGGCAUAAUUGGUUGAUGGGCAUUUUUGACACAGACAAAAGUUUUUGAAGUGUGCUAGGGAGUCAUUUUAACCAAUUAUAAGUGCUGUUGUUUUUCUGUAAUUUAAACCAAAAGAGAUGACCAGUGUUCAUAAUACAUGUACAUGAGCAAAUAGUAAGGUGUACAGUGGAACUACAUGUAACCAUUAUUCUCACUCAUCCUAGUCAUUUAAAAGAAGAAGUGUUUCAGUUUUUGUCAACAAUAUAUUAUUUAUUUUUCAAAUGUCACUUUAACACACAAUACGUUGUUGUAUUUAAAAAUGUUUACUUCUAUAUGUGUUUUGAAAGAAUCAAGAUGAGAAGAAAUGUGUUUUGUUUUUGAUGGUUGACAGCAGUGUGAGAGGGAUACAGGAUAAGUAAGAAGAUUCGUAGAAACAAGUCUUUUCAUUAGGUUGGAAUUUCUUGGAAUUAGAUUUUUUCAGGCAGAAAAUGAAGUUUUUUCGAUAACUUGAAUUGUCAUUUACUUCAAAUUUAGGGCAGUCUCAAAACAACGACUGAAUUUUUAAAAUCUGUGAAGCAUUGGUUGUAGUUUAGAUUCUAAAACAUGGUUUUUUUUCUCCUUUCAUUUUUUAAAGUGCUUUUGAAGUUACAUAAAGGCCGCUAUUGUUGAAUGUUUCCAAGUUCUCCUCUUAGUUUUUCAUGAGACCCGUGCGAGCAUGUCACGCAAAGUUUUAGCACAAAAAUGGCGGCAAAUUACACAACACUUGAAAAUUGACAGUUAGUACGCAGCUCUUAAAAAUCUCUAAUUUCAUUGGUUCUCCGUAACACUCAGCUCCAUUGUUUUAGGGCUAGAGUCAUUGUUAUAUUUCUAUGUCUAUUGUUUUUACGGCCAAUACUGUGAGGCCUUGUAAAGAGCUGUGUGGCACCCCAAAAUCGAUGCCUGCUAAAAGAUCAGCAGAUGCUACCCAAUGUUUUCAACCAUUGCAACCAAGGACUGAGUUGGUUGAAAAAGUUGAUCAACCAAACCAACCAAAAACGGGGUUUCCCCAAAAGAACGCAAAAAAACCCAACCAACCCAACCAACCAAAAAUGGUUGGUCCCAAUAGAACACGACCACAGUAUGCUAAGUCUUAAACAGGUCGUAUUAUUAAAUGUAUUGAAUUUUUAGCUGUUUAUUUUUUCAGUUGUCCUGCAAAUUUCACUGGGCCCAGAUGUGAAGACGAUGUUGAUGAGUGUGUAGUGGCCAAUCCUUGUCUCAAUGGAGCGACAUGUUUAAACCUUUUUGGUUCUUAUCAGUGCCGCUGUAUUAAUGGGUGGGAGGGAAAAGAUUGUGCCAUCAAUACAGAUGAUUGUGAAUUGUCAUCGCCGACAGAUCCCCCUAGGUGCCAGAAUGGUGGACAGUGUAUCGACAGAGUGGGGAAAUAUGAUUGUAAUUGUACCCCUGGAUAUGUAGGUGAGCUCUCAAAAGUAAACCUUUAAGUUUUUGUUCAUACUAUGCUGAUCAAUACUUAACAGUAUUUAAAUAAGGUAAAAGGUGUUGACACACCUAGUUUCUUACUACCGUAUUUAUUCGACUAUAAGCCGAGCGAUUUUUGCACCAAAUUAAACUGGAAACUAGUGAGAUCUCUACAAGAUAGGGGGCUUGGCUUGUAGCUGAAUAUUUUUGCAAAAAAAAAUUUUGCUAAUGCUGCAAGAGCUUCAAUGGAAUGUUUAUAUUCGGCUAUAAGCUGAGCAAUUAUCAACGACACAAAUUACCGGUAGUUUGCGUACGAAAAUCAUUGCUGUUGGUCAUAAACUUUUAUUCAAGUGGUGGCUCCUAAAGGAGCUGUUUUGUUUUGUUGACUUCACGAAUGAAGUUUUCAUUCAUCGUUGUCUUCGCUGUCGGUUUCAAACUCGUCCUCCAUCGCCAUAUCAUCGUCUGCUAGUUCUGGCAUUUCAUCAGCGUAGACCUCAUCAUCUUCAGUGCCGUCAAGAGCGUUCAAGAUACUGCACGUUUUGAACGAUUUCCUCACCAUCUCUGCUGGAAUUUCUGCCCACGACUGCUUUACCCAUUUGAGGACCAGGUUUCUCGACGGCGCUUUCUUCUUUUCCGCUGGAGUGAAUUCAAAGGGGCCAGUCAUCAUCCAGGAAAGGUACUGUCACCUAAUGUUGUCCUUGAAUGGUUUGUUGAGGCAUUUGUCCAACAGCUGCAGGACUGGAGUCAGGCCACCCAGCAGGAUUACUGCCACGUUGAACUUACGCCGCUGCAGGUCUGCUUUCACGGACUCUAAAAGAAUCCCAAACAAGCAGCGACCGUUCAUUGUCAGGAUUCCUCGGCAAACAGGUUGGUAUCCAUUCUUUUACACCUGAAAUCAAUAACAGAGUACCCAGGUUAAAAAUACAUCGACAAUUCCGAAAAUCAGUUAUCUGAGUAUAACAGACUUUGAAGUAAAGAAAGAAACACAACAAUAAUUUACCUUUCUCAUCCAUCCAGCCCUUCUUGUGGAAUGAUACACGGACAGAGUCUGGAACAGCGAGGUCUCGUGGAGUGCGUACACCUUUGAAGAUCACUGCAGGCGGUAAUUUGCUGCCAUCGGCGGCGACUGCAAGUGUCACCGUAAAGCUCCUCUUCUCGGCACCACAGGACUUCAUUGGAACGGUUCUGCUGCCACUGAAUUCAAGGGUUCUGCUUGAUGGAAGCUCAAAUCGCAUAGGGGUUUCAUCCAUAUUGAAGAUUCUUGAUAGCGAAUAGCCAUGGCGCUGCCGAGCUGCAAUCACGAACCGAUGGAACUGGAUCGUCUUCUCUUCCAAAUCUUGAGGAAGUCGCUGGGCCAGGGUUGUCUUCAUUCGAAAGCUGAUGGCAUGGCGCUUUUUCCAAUUCUGGUACCAACCCAGGGAAGCUUUAAACUCUGGAUCGCUGCACAACUCCUUUGCCUUCCACCGAAGAAUUAAUCCGCUAACUGCAAUUCCUGUAAAAGACAAAACGAGUAGCAAUAUUUUUAGAUCAUUGUUUUGACAACAUUAGAAACUGACCAAUCACAAGCGGUCGUUCUCACGGCUUUAGUAAACAUGGCAACUCGAUCGAUAUGACAGGAAUCAGCUGGUUUUGGUUUAAAACGAAGAACUUACUCUGACUUCUUUGCUCUGAAAACCACUCCAGAAGUGUUUGACCCAAUUCAGGAUACUUCGGCGUAUAACAGCCCAUUGUCUUUCGAUUUGCUGACAUUUUCAGCUCGCCAUUGAAGAGGUUUGCUUGAUCUUUUCACCAGCGAUGAAUCAUGGACUCACUCAUGCCGUAUUUUCUGGCAAUCUCGGAGUUGUUCUCAAUAACCUCUGCUUCAGCCACAAUUUUUAAUUUGAAGGCCAAGUUGUACGAUGAACGACGAGCUCUUCGCAUGAUGAUCGAUUACGGAUAACUUUGAAAGAGCAUGUGAUUGUUUGAGACAGGAUUCUGAACUCAGGUGAUGGUUUGUCAUGCACACGGUUUUAUUUAUACACUUCUGACACGUCAACUCGGAUCACAUUAAAUUCAUCUUACCUUUGAUUUGUUGUUAUUUUCAGUUAAGUGACCAAUAACAUUAAAUGUGUUAUAAUGAAUAUAUCAAUAAGUGAAUAUUCAUUUUACCAUUACGUGUUUCCCGAGAGGGACGCUUCUUUUGUUUUAUGGUUUGCCGGUAUGUUUAUUCACUUAACAGUGCAUGUGGAAAAGAAAUAUUCGAUCUCAGCUUAUAGUUGUUUCCUUUUCAUAAUUUCCUAACAGGUUCUAAUACCCAAAAGUUUAGGGGUCUCGGCUUAUAGGCGAAUAAAUACGGUAUAUAAGAGGUAUUACCUUUUCCCUGAGACAGGAGGGUGGUUUAAUGCGGAGUUAACCUCUGCAGUAUUGGCUACUGUGCCAAUCUCCAAACAUGUAGCCAUUUUCACAUAUGGGUUUUCUAGACGUGUACAUGUAAGUGAUUACAUUAAAUACCAACUGAACCAAUCACAACUCAAAAAUGUCAGAACUAAUCAACACCAAUCCCAGAGAUGCCAACCUCCCGAAAUCUAAAAUCUGGAGAUGGUCUAUUUUGCACUAACCCUCCCCCCCCCAAAUGUCCAUCUCUCUCUCUCUCUCUCCUCUCCCAGAAAAUGACCCAGCCACCAAAAGAUGACAUGGGAAUAGCUUAGGACAUUAUAUGAAGUCUCACAUGCAGUACAGCUGUACAUACUAUCAAAAUUUGCUUUCAUCAUUUUAAUGAUGAAAAAAUCUUUGUCAGUGACUACUAAUGAAAUGCAAGAAUGUCCCAGAAUCAGUACAAUGAGUAAAAAAGAUCAAAUUUUAGAAAAAAAUGGUCUAAAUGCUAAACUAAAGUGCAGAAAAGUUUAAAAGUCUACUUAUUGUACUUAACCUGGAAGAUUUGGUGACCACUAUGGGAGAGCAGGAGAUCAGUGCUGUCUUUUGGAGAGUUGGGAUAUAUGCAAUCCUGAAUUGAGUUUGUGGUUGCUUUGUCAUCAAGGCUGUGCUCUAAAAAAAGACGGUUCAUGAAAUAAUUUUCUCUUUUGCUGUAUUUCAGGUCCAAUUUGUCAGCACAUUGAUCAGUGUUAUGGUAAUCCAUGUCAAAAUAAUGGAAAAUGUUCUACAAAUGCUUUUGGAAAUUUUAGUUGUCACUGUAGCUCUGGGUGGACUGGAAAAACUUGCAAUACAGACAUAGAUGAGUGCUCUCUAAGCAGCCGCUCACCAUGUGAUCAUGGCGGUACAUGUGUUAACACUCCUGGAUCAUUUAGCUGCAGUUGUAUCCCUGGUUACACAGGUACAUAAGUGCUAUGCCAUAUGACCUUUCUCAUCCAACUGCACUAAAUAAUGUACAGUUGAACUCUCCUGUAAGUGGCCAACCAAAAUGUGAAAACUUAAUGGUUGCAUGGGAGGUGGUCGUUUACAAGAAUUGAACCACAGGGGGUCUCUUCCGAGAAGAGGUCCCGAUACAGCUACUUAAUGGUAGAUAAUUUAUUGCAUGUUAUUUGUAAGUUAUGAUAUGUGUAACUCCAUGUUGUGAGAGUACAAGGGUGUAGUAUUAAACGGUUAAUGACUGGUCCCAAGGGAAAGAGUUAUUUUAGUUUUCAAAGAAACUAAAUGUUUUCCAAGUUAGACAUUGAGUUGUUAGCAGAACAGAAUUAACAAGUUCCUUAGUUACUUGCCCAGAAAGAAAACCUACUUUUCCCACAUGACCAGACAAGGCUUUUUUGAGCCCUUUUGCUGUCAUUAAACUUCAAAAUGUACUCUACCAGGAACACAUUAGUACCUAACAGGUAACUACAUGUAUAUGUACUAGUUUACUUAUAUUAAGAGGUCGUCAACUCUUUCUACACUGCAUGUGUUUUUUGUUUUAACAGGUGAGCGCUGUGAGGUUCAAAUCAAUGAAUGUGCUUCUAGUCCUUGCCAAAAUGAUGCCGUGUGCCUUGAUCUCCUCAAUCAGUUUCUAUGUAUCUGCAAUCCUGGUUGGACAGGCACAUUUUGUCACCAAGAUAUAAAUGAAUGUGCUAGCACUCCUUGCCAAAAUGGUGGACAGUGUCAUGAUGACCUGAAUGGAUACAAUUGCAAAUGCCUGCCUGGCUUUAUUGGUAAAAACUGUGAGACAGACUUUGAUGACUGUCAGUCAAACCCGUGUCAUAAUGGUGCUACAUGUGUUGAUGGCCAAGCUGGAUAUACAUGCAAUUGUAGUAGAGGCUACGCUGGAAAUAAUUGUGAGGUUGAUAUUGAUGAGUGUGGAUCGUCUCCUUGUCGGCACUAUGGGACAUGUAUGGAUGGAAUUGAUGAUUAUAACUGCACAUGUCUUCAAGGAUUUACUGGAAAGAAUUGUGAGUUAGAUUUAGAUGAAUGCGGCAGCAAUCCUUGCUUGAAUGGUGGAACAUGUCAAGACCGUACUAAUGGAUUCAAAUGUAUUUGUCCUGUUGGUACAAGUGGUAAGGAUGACUUCAGACCUUAAGUCUUCAAUUUUUAUAAAAGGUGUCCUGAACCCAAAAAUAUUGUGGUGCACUUUUGCAUGUUUAUUAUAAUUCAUUCUUAGUUAAAAAUUGCAAAAUAGUUUUCUUCUGGUGAUCUGGGAUUUUUUUAUGCGUGAUUGUACAUGUAAACGCAAUUUCAUUGACCCCGAAAUUUUAAGACAAAAUGUAAGACUCACCAAGAAGUUGAAAACAGAUCUGAGACUCUGCAGCAAACCAUUCAACACUCGGGAUGAAAAGAAACAAAAAAUAAUUGUGACCAGGAUAUUUAUCAAAAAUGACCUUGAUUGGAUCUGAUCCAAAUUUCUACCUACAUUUAUCAUUGAUUGCCCCUAUAAGUACAUUCAGAGGAAGUGGUCAAUUUUUGGUCUUUGCCAUGCUUACCUGUAAUUCACAUUUGCAUUGCUUUUGUAGGUCCAACAUGUACAGAUAGUGUCAAUGACUGUUCAGGAGUGGUUUGCAAGAAUGGUGGCACAUGCAUUGAUGGUCUAAACACUUACUACUGCAGCUGCCAUCCGGGUUUUCAUGGACCGCACUGUGAUUAUAACCAUGAUGAAUGUGGCUCAUCACCUUGCCAGAAUGGAGGCACUUGCACUGAUGGCGUUGCUCAGUAUCACUGUCAGUGCCGAUCUGGAUAUACAGGUUUGUUUCAGCCCUUACAUACUUGAAUAAUCAUUUGAUUUCCUGGCAACAGUUUGCAGUUGGUAAAGGCAUUUUUGAACAAUGCACUUCAACAGGAAGUAGACUCUCUGCAUUCUUAGGCUGUGGUUUUGCCCAAAUUUACCACCAGAUUGUCUCUGUAAUAGUAAAGACACUUACAAUUUGUGGCAAUGCCAAUUUGGAAGCUUCAAGGCAUAUGUUAAGGGGAAAGGCCCCAGACGUCUGGUUGCUAAGCAUCAGUCGCUCAAAAAUGCCUAUGCUGAAGCUCCCUAUUGCCUAAUAAGGAAAGCCUAUUUUACAUUAUAUGAGGCUUUGUACCAUACCUACUUAUUUGCAUCCACAGUUUCCAAAGUUGUUGAAUACAACAAGCAAAAUCCCUAGAAAGAUACUACCUUAUUUUUUUAUUACAUGUACAUGUGAAGUCUUCUUCAGAAAUUUCAAAUUGUAAAGUAAUUAUUUCUUGGCUCAUAAUUGAAAAAUGUAGCCUUUUUUAAAACAACACUGACAAAAAUUUAGUCGAGUAAGCUCGUAAUUAAAAUAACGACUGCAAAUAAAUCCACUUCAAUGGAAAAUAAAUUUUGGAUAUUGAAUGUUAUCCUAUUUCAUUUUAGGUACAAGUUGUGAAACUAGGAUUGACAAUUGCUUGGGAAAUCAGUGCAAGAAUGGUGCGACUUGUGUCUCAAAACAGGCUGGCUACUCUUGUAGUUGUAAUGCAGGGUUUAGUGGACAGUUGUGUGAGAUUGACAUCGAUGAAUGUUCUGCUAACCCGUGUAAACAUGGACAGUGCACUGAUGGCAUCAACAAGUACAUGUGUAGCUGUUAUGCUGGUUACACCGGUGCAAACUGCUCGAUUAAUAUUAAUGACUGCGAGACCAGGUGAGUACUUUGUCUUUGUUCAGUCAGAGGGGAGCAAAGUUACAACUCUGGCAAAACGUGUGAGACACACAUAAAUCACAAAAAUGCUGUAUUUCCUUGGCAGUAUUACAUUUGGCGCGAUCUGUGGUGUGAGUCAUUGAGUCAUUCAAUUUCAUGUUUGUUUCCUGUUGUUGUGGAAAAUACAAUCAGGCAUUCGCCGCUGUGUGUGGAGUGAAUAUUGUUCAGUGUCUUUCAAUCAUUUAAUGUCUUUUAUAUUUAUGUUUCACUGUUUUCACACAUUCUGCAACAGUUGACUAUACAGUCUCAGUCAAAACUGGGGUACACUUGACUGUCUUCUUGUGCUCCCAAUGUUGGUGUUCAAGAUUUGUAUAGGUAAUAGCAUGAUUUGUAGUGAUAUUUGGCAUAAAUACCACGCGUGAUAUUGCAAAAUUGUUAUACGUAAUUUCACGAGCCGUUCAAAGGCGAGUGAAAUUUGAGACAAUUUUGAAAUAUAGCAAGUAGUAUUUAUGCCUAAUAUCACGUACAAAUCAUGCUAUUAUUUGUUUAUACUACUACCCGCAAAAGGUUUGUAAUUUUCACAUGUAAGUAUUUCAAAUUAAGCUGAAAUACCAGUGCGCUAAGCCAAUCAAAUAGCAGAAAUUUCUCAUGUAGUAGUAUAAGGUGAGUUAACUGCUAUAAACAACAUGGGGAGGACACGGAGACAUGCCAGAAGUAAGAAAAAAAGUUUUUCGGUGGAAGUGUCCUAACUUUUUUUGUCUGAGAUAUAGCAACAUGACAUGUGUGCAUGUAGUAAAAAGUUUCUCUUUUGUCUCUUUACACAGCCCUUGUUUACAUGGAUCGACGUGUGUGGACGAAGUGAAUGACUUCUUUUGCAAAUGUUCACCUGGAUUUUCUGGACGGAGAUGCGAGAACCAUAUUGAUGAGUGCAUACCAUCACCCUGCAAAAAUGGAGCCACGUGUGUUGAUCAGAUUGCAUCUUACAGCUGCUACUGUCCCCCUGGUUACACUGGUGUAAACUGUGAAAGUAUUAUUAAUUGGUGCGAUAAUACUCCGUGUGUAAACGGGGGUACGUGCAGGCAAACUGGGAUCGAUUUUCGCUGUGAAUGUCUCCCAGGAUUCAAAGGUGUCAUCUGUGAUGUUGAGGAGAUAACUUGUGCGCAAGCGGUGACAAAGUCUGGUGGGAGCGAUGUUUGCAAAAAUGGCGGCACUUGCGUAGAUCUAAGCAACGUACAGUCAUGCAAUUGUCCACCUGGGUUUACCGGGAGCUAUUGUGAAGUCAAUAUUAAUGAUUGCGCCAGUGGUCCUUGUAAACAUGGCGCUAAUUGCAUCGAUGGAGUUGCAAACUACACAUGCAAUUGUAUAGGAGGUUUCACCGGAAGAAAUUGCGAUAUAAAUGUAGAUGACUGCGCAGGGGACCCAUGCAGAAAUGGAGGCACAUGCACUGAUUUAGUGGAUGGUUUCAUCUGCACAUGUCCCGUGGGAUACGUUGGUAACAGAUGUGAAAAGAACCCUAAUGACUGCUUCUCUACAGCAUGUUUUAACGGCGGAUUUUGCCGUGACGGGCUUCGGAGUUUCUCUUGUGACUGCCCAGCUGGAUAUUCUGGCUUACGUUGUGAAAACGAUAUCGACGAAUGUGCUCCCAACCCAUGUUCUCCUCUAGGUUCUGAGAGGUGCUUUAACCUGGUGAAUGACUACCAGUGCAAGUGCAGAAAUGGAUUUUUGGGCAAGAACUGCAGCACCAACAUCAAUGAGUGUUUGUCUAGCCCCUGUCAGAAUGGGGGCGAGUGCAAGGAUGGUGCCGGUAGACACAUUUGCCUUUGUCCACAUGGAUUUUCAGGGUUAAACUGUGAGCGUCCUGUCUCUAGCUGCGCACAUGAUCCUUGCCUUAACAGCGGUACAUGUGUAACUCGAGGAGAUGGCAAUUAUUCGUGCUCUUGCAUGCCCGGUGUUGUCGGAAACCAGUGCAACUGGAACAAAGACGAUUGCCUUUCUGUACCGUGCCAAAAUGGUGCAACGUGUAUUGAUGGAUUUAAUUCGUAUACUUGCAAGUGUCCUGUGGGGUUCACUGGCCCAAACUGCGAGCACGAUAUAAAUGAGUGCCAGAGCAAUCCUUGUUUACACGGAGGAACAUGUCAAGACCAGAAGGGCUUCUACACAUGCAAAUGUACAGGUCAGGCUUUCUUUGUGUUAUUACUAACUACUGUAUAUGUAUGUCUGCCAUUAUUCCCGAAGAAAACGAAAAAACGUUUAGCACGUAAGAGAUCAUCGCAGUUAUGUAGGCAAUGUAAGCAGUUGUGAAAAGAAAGCCUGAAGAAAAGGAAAAGAAAAGACUAACAAUCCCUUGCUAUCGUGUUCAAAUUUGCGCAUCCGUGGCUUCGUUUCUAUUUGCUGCAUCAUCUAAACCGUCCUUUAAUGUUCUUAGCAAAACAAUGUUCAGGGGCGGAUCUAGGGGGAGGGUGCAGGGGGUGCCCACCCCCCCCCCUCCCCUGAGAUGACCUGCGGUUUUCUAAUACAACUGGUAUUCUGCAAAAAAAACUAUGUGGUUUAUUGGUGUUGAAGUAGAGCAAGAGAUGAGUGCACCCCCUCCUAAAAAAAACCCUAGAUCCGCCCCCAAAUUGUUGUAACGCUGUGUUGCAUGAAAAUGGUCGUUGCGAAUCGUCCCGUGUAGCAUUACCUUUAGUAUGUACAAGGUAUUUCUCUCAGUGUUCAAGGUUUCUGUUUUGUGGCUUUAACCGUACUGUUUCCCUUUUACACUGUAGAUGCAUACACAGGCAACUAUUGCGAAGAAAAAGUCGGCUGCCCUCAUGAUGACUGUGCACAAAAAUUUCGUGAUAACGAAGUUUGCAAGGUAACUAAUUAUCAUUAUUUCAGUAGUUAAAGACACUAAAGUUAUUCUGCAUAAUUUAUCCCUUACAAAAGAAAACUUAUGUCCAUCAUGCAUAGCGAUACUCUUCUCUAUACAAAUAUUUCUACGCUGCCACCAUGCGAUAAUAAUUAUUACUUACAUUUAUAUAAAGCUUUAUCCAUAUCUGAAGUCAAAUUAAGCCCACUGUUUUUCAUGUGAUCGGUACAAUUGCUCGACCUUUUUCAGGUAGAACUGAAGUCCAUCUUCAAUUUUUUCCCUCUUCGAUCGCAGGAAUCAUGUUGAAAAUAGUUUAAUUUUUGUGUAAAUAAAAAUUAUCUAAUAUUAUUCACUGUGAGAAAUUUUUUCUUGACUCGAGACGAAUUCGAAUCAUUUUUGUACCAGACUCGUUUUGCCGUUUACACAACGGAGAUGCUCGAUUCCAAAACAAGAACUUUCCGCUUUGGUCGCUUGUUUGGCGAUUUUUAAUCCAUUGUGUAAUGUGAAUGUUAUUCCAAGAUUUACUGAUGUUUGUAAACGCGAAUCUGAAUACUCUGCUUUUGAUAAUUCCGAAAACAUGCAUGAACCCAGAAACAUUUCUUCUUGUGUCAACCUUGCCUAAGUGUGUUUGCUGCUCACAUUAAUUUGAUUUUAUCCACAAUAGAAAAAGUGCAAUAACCACGCGUGCAACUAUGACGGUACUGUGUGUUCUCUGGGGACUGAGCCGUGGGCGAACUGCAGUACAAUGACGACGAGUGGACCCUGCUACAAGGUUUUCAAGGAUGGCAAAUGUAAUCCUGAGUGUAAUACCGAACAAUGCCUCUUUGAUGGCUUUGACUGCAAAUCACCUAAAGGCGAAUGCGAGUAAGAUGAAUUUGUGAAAUGCACAUGAUUAACUGUUUACUAGUCUCCUUGGCAACCGCUCGGGUUGGCGUCACGCAAUACUCCUCACUCUGUGCUGCGCGGUUUUAUAGUAAGGAGCUUUUGCAACGGCGACGGCAACGAGAGCGUCAAAAAAGCAAUAGGUGUUAGGGUGUAUUUAAGUAGACCAACAACUUUGCGCGUGCAUCACUUCUUUUUUCGUGACAACGUGAAAAUGCCUUAUUGCACGUUUUAAGGAGGACGCACUGUAAAGCAACGACGAACCAUUAUGUUUUAGUUCUGGUCUCAGUUGUUGAAAAGGUGGAUAGCGCUAUUCACUGGAUAAAUCUCUAUUUAGUGGAUAACGCAAUUUUUACCCGUAAUACAUAUUCGCUGGAUAGUGAGUUGUCCGUUGGAUAGGGCUAUCCAAUGUUUAAACGACCGGGGCCUGGUGUAUUAUAAAUACUCUUUAACUGGUUUUACACUAGGACUAAGACGCAACUGAUGACCCGAAUUUUUUUCCAGGACUGAUGAGUAUUGCAAACCUCGCUUUGAAAACGCGGAAUGCGAUACUAUAUGCAACACUGAGGAAUGUUUGAGGGAUGGUUUGGACUGCGAAACAUCAAAGCCAAAGCCGGUGAGUAAAAUCCCGUAGGAACCACGCUUUCAAACCGAUCAAUAGCGUAAUGGACUGGGUAUAUUAAUACGACUAUCCUACUGCGAAACGAGUUGAAUAACGAUGUUGCGCGUUUUACCAACCACAUCAAAUCCAUCUUGCAACAAAUAAGGUUGUUAUCAGGUUUGAACGCGGUUAGUAAAACGCACAACAUCGCUUUUCAACUCGUUGUGCAGCAAUGUUGCAAAACAAGUUGCGCGUUUUUGUUGGCCGUAAAACCGAAGCUUAAGCGGUAUUUGCCCCUUACUCUGCGAGGUGAUGUCCCCGAACUGGUCCAAGAGAUUCAGUCUUGUUCCCAGGGUCUCUCUUCUUCAGCGGACGGGAAGUGGAGAGACAUUGGGAACGAUUUCGGGGAAGGUUGAGAUAAAAAGCCCAUUUCCGAGUUCCAGAAAAUCUCACUUUCAAAACGAGGCUAAGUGAAAAACCUUUGCUGUGAAAAUGAGUUUUAUUUGCAUCAUAAUUAAAAAUCAUUUUCAUAUCAAUUCCUUCGCACUUAGCCUCGCUUUGAAAGUGAGAUUUUUUUGGAACUCGGAAACGGCCUAUUGAUCUAGUUACCACAAACCUUUUGGAAAAAGGGCUUUCAGUUUCUUGAAGAGUUAUUGACCGUAAAAGCAGGUAGCGGCGAAACGCUUUUGUUGGUCUUUUCACUUCAUAUCUAUGGGAAAAUGCGGAGAUCGUCCUUCCGAAAAAGAAAAAGUUGUUUGGAAAAACUAAAAACCCGAAGAGAAACUUCCGUAAACGUCGACCUUUUUUUUCUUGAGUUUUCGAUUAUCCCAUGGGUUCGAAAAAGAUUAUAAAUAGCAUGGGGUGCAAUAUUAGCUUAGGCCCUGAUAAUUCAUCCACCUUAUGUGUUAUGUACGUCAGCAUCACCGGUAACGGCUCUAACUUUUCCUUUUUCUUUGUUAGGGCAAAGGAACGCUAAUUCUUGUACUGCUAGUGUCGCCAGAGACGUUCAUGAAUGGCUCAAGAAUUUUCACGAGAGCGCUCUCUGCAGUUUUGGAAACCAUCUUGUUUAUUAAGGAGAGUAGCGAUGGCGAGCAAAUGAUCUUUCCGUAUAUUUUCUCCGGAGGGCCUCCAGUGCCUAUUUCGCGAAGGUCAGUGGCAAACUUACAGAGAGGGACGAGUCAUAUCAUUGUUCGGCGAGCAUUGUCCGGCAAAGGGUUAGUAUGGAUUUCUUCACAUUAUAAACUCCACUUUUAAACACCAUCCUGCUCUAAUAGGCCCUCUUUAUAAAUAAAGUGCCCGAGCAAGUUUUGCUUUUAUGGCUCUUAAUGAACCGACAGACAUUUUCACCUCGCGAGCACUUUUCAAGGUGCUGUGUGUACUUCUUACAAAAUCACCCUCUUCUUUUUGCCAGAGGAGGGGACUUAAUCAACUCAUUGCUUUUCUUUUGAAACUUACCUGGAUCAACUGUGAAACAAGUCCUUGAUGAUAUGUGUAGAAAAUUUGUUGUAGCGAUUCCAUUCGCCACUUUAGUAACAAUAAGGGAACUGGGGCCCGUUUCUCGAAAGUCCCGAUAAUUAGCGGGCCCGUAAAGAUGUUGUUGUUUACAUGCAAGGUAGGGGUUUCAAUAGUUUUGCAUCUAACAUGAUAAAAGUAUCAGUUAAUGGACCAGAAUGGAGUAGUUUGCCAGCCAGAACCGGCGCUCUUAGUCUUUAUAUUUCGAUUUGAAAAUUUGAUUUCGGGCCCGAAACCUUGCCGGGGCUUUCGAGAAACGGGCCCCCGGAGCCGAAAUGCGGCCCGCAAGUGUUUCUGGGAUCACCACUGUAGACACGCCGAUCAGCUAUUGGCCAAUUCCUUGGUAACAGUCCCAGAACAGUUUCCUGCUCGUUUCUAAAGUGGCAAAUUAGAAGCCGACAACUGGAAUAUUGCAUCGCUCCACUGGAAGACGACUGGUGUGGGUUCUCUCUGUAGCAUGACAAACCGUUUUUCUCGUGCAGCUGUUUAUUUUCAUUGUCUCUUCGCCCACUUGAGAGUUUAAAGUUUUAAUUGCUUGUACUAACUUCAACCGUUUCUCGUUUCCUUUCAGAACGGAGGUUCACUAUUUAAUCGACACGAGGGGAUGCGAUGGCAGUGCGUGUAUUACUGACGCAGCUUAUGUAAGUUGGACAACGCUUUUGUCUUGUUCGUUAAAUUUGCAGCCUUUUUAACCGUUCCAGGAUUAAAUCAGUCGGUAGAGCGCUUGACUGUAGAGUGGCAGGUCGCGGGUUCGAUUCUCUGGGCCGGACCAAUACUCGGGGUCUUAGUGAAUAACCGAGAAAUGAAGGUACUGCCAUUGCCUGGCAAACGACUAGACCUUUGCGUGGCUCGUGUCCAGUCCAGUCUCCAGUAGGAGUAAAAUGCUUUUUCUACGUCCAUUGACUCGGAAAGCCGAAAUCGAUAUUGCCAGCUCUGUCCCCUAUAUGGCAUUGAGGAGAAUUUUCUUUCUCUAUUUUCUCUAUUUCCACGAGCUAUAUUUUUGACUAUUUGAAAAGCCUUUUUUUUAUGAUGACAAAUUACAUAUGGGUCUCUUUUAAAGGUUAAAUUUUGUGCCUUUAUUUGUAGGGUGCAAAAUAUCUCGGUGCACUGCAGUCUUCUAAUAAACUGGAUUUACCCUACAAUUUACAUCAAGUACGAGGUAAGUAUUCCAAAUUAUAGCAAAAUAAACACAGAGACUGGCAUUUUGUUAGAACACUUAGCCUUCCUGUUAGAAAAUCGGUCGCAUUCGAGUUUUUAACUAUUAAUUUUCCUGGGCUCACGCAAGUAUAAUACAAAGGCGACACAAUUUCGCUGUCACUCUGGUUAUUUUUUCUGCCUUGCGAGAAACGCAUCCUUCUCUAGAAGUGAAAACCGUAUUGGAGUUUGCAAGGAACGUUGUGAUCGUACUAUGGCAAAGUGCCAAGUGACUGUUUGAUGUGAUACUAGGGAAGAACGAAGACUCGACUUUCAAGUUCACAACUGUCGACUUUCGUUUGACUAACAUUGUAAUAAUUGCUAUCUUCUUUGUGUCUUAAGUUGAGGAACCCACGGUGAACCCACCAACCCCGUCCCCUUCCACUGGUUUGUCGCCAUUGUAUAUUGCUAUUCUCUGUGUGGGCAUUCCUCUGUUUGUUGUUGGAGUAUUAGCCGGCGCCAAAAGGGUAUAUGCCAAACUGUGGGUUCCAGAAGGAUUCGUCGGACGCGGACCUCGGAGGCAGACCUCUACAAGACGUGAACCAGUCGGGCAAGAAGUCUCAUUGAAGUAAGUGGUUUUAUUUCCGUCGAAGGAAAUAAGGGAAAUAAAUAUUAUUGUUGUCGUUGUUAAGUGAACUGUGAUGAAUUUUCAUCUCCUAUGUAGUGAAUACAUUUGCAUGUCACGGUAUACUUUGUAAAUUCGCCCUCUUAACUGAUUUGUUUUUCAGUCAAAUGAGGAAGAGCUCGUCUGAAAUUGAAGAAGGUGCUUCUGCUAGCGGCGAAAGCAGCCGUUCAGACCUGACGCCUCCCAGGGAAGCCAAGCGAGUCAAACUGGACGAUAAACACAACGGAGAAGAUUCGCGUAAGUGGACCUCCCUGCACCAUCAGGCAGCAGACGUGACCGUUAGAAACUGCUCCCUGGCUCUAACCCCUCCUCAGCAAGGAAACGGAGAGAGGGGAGCUACGGCCAUUGAUGUUGAUGCCAGAGGCCCCGGUGGAAUGACCGCGCUGCAUUUGGCCGCAUGCCGUGGAAUGUAUGGUGACGGAAGUAGCCUGGAUGAUGAUAAAGACAGUGACGAUAGCGGAGGCGCUAUGGUUUCGGACUUGCUUUCUCUUGGAGCGAGCUACAAUUCAAAGACUGAUCUGGAAGAGACGCCAUUGCAUCUUGCUGCAAGGCACUCUAGAGCUGAUGUAGCUAAGCGUCUACUUGACUCGGGUGCUGAUGCUAAUGCGAGGGACCGUCUCAACCGUACGCCUCUGCAUCUUGCCAUUGGCGCUGAUGCUCAGGGUGUAUUCCAGGUAAAUAACAGUGAUAUUUUACAGUUUUGCGAAUCUGGGGCAGUAAAAAGUUGUCCGAUUUCUGAGAUCCCUUUGUUGUCUCAUCAAUAAUCCUUGAACAAGGAGAAUAUUCCAUGCAGUGCAUUUAUCGUAAAAAAGUGAACCCUGUAUCCCCCAGCAGCGCAGUACUUCGCGUCAGAAUUCAUGAAAAUGCAAAACACCGGCAAUCAACUCAGCAGUACAUUUGCAAGCUGCUUAGGCUGCCUGGUGGGCGCGGAAAGGGAAGCGGGAGGGGGGAGGCCGGGAGAGGAACAAAACUAACUCUAACUUUUCCCUUGCGCGCUUCCCCCCCUUCCCUUCCUUGUUUUGGCUCUUGCUACGCAGGCUACAAGGUGUUCAUUUGUCUGGCUACAUGAUGGGUGUUCAUCAACAAACUGACAAACAGAAUCUCGAGACUUUUGUGUGGGGGGAUGAUCCCUUUUCGUGACACGCACAACCUAAUCGUUGAGGCGUGCACACACCCUAUGCGCCUGAGUAACAUGUCCAGUACAACCUUUAAGACCUUUGGCGCCCUGCGAUGCCAACCGAAUACAUGCAAUUUAAAUUCACAUCGGAGCUAAAUCAGUUUUUCAAUCCUCAACAUUCAGAGAUUGCUCAUGAACCGUGCGACUGACUUAGAGGCCAGAAUGGACGACGGAACAACACCAUUGAUACUUGCAGCGCGGCACGAUCUACCGGACUUAGUGCGUCAUCUUAUCAAGGCGGGAGUCAAAGUAAACAGUGCCGAUAAUCAAGGUAAGCUUGGAUGAAUAUAUUUCUCUCUUUGUCGACCCAACUUUAAACUGUUUCUUUGACGUUUGUGGUAAUAUACCCUUUCAUAGAUUUUUUUUUAACUUUUGAGUAUGUCCUAUGACAUUGUUAGCGGAGAUCAGUUAACACUGCUGGAAAGAGCGCCAUAAAAUCAGUUAAGUUGCUAAGGUUAAGAAUGAUUUAUGGCAAACUAACGGAUGUAUAACUAUCCGCAAAGUCGCAAAAUUUUACACUAACAGACGAUCGUGUGCUGGGUGCAAGUUCGUGUCUCCCACCGUACAAAAAUCUGAAAAAUUAUGCGUCUUUGUGGAGCAAUAUAUCUUCGCUCUCCUUGGACGUAUCACCCCUAAACCUGGAAAUGUAACUGAUUUUAGGGCGUUAUUUCCGGUAGUUUCGAUGGAUAAUCACUUGUUAGCCUCGAUCAAAACUUCAAGAAAACCGUGGAAGGGUUCAUUCAAAUCCAUACUCCCUUAUUAAGCAAACUCAAAUGCUCAUUCCGUUGCUGUUUACAGGAAAAACUGCACUACAUUGGGCAGCCUCGGUCAAUAGCUUGGAGGUGACGAAAGAGCUGCUACGAAAUGGUGCCAAGAAAGAUGCUCAGGACGAAAAGGUAACUCAGAGAUUGAAUAUGUGCUUUAUAGAACAAAAUGUCGCUUUCAAGAUCUUCGAAAAACAAAUUUGAGUGCAACCUGGGGAAUGAUUUACUCAGAAAAAGCACUUCCAUGACGAAUUCGCGCGGAAACGCUUGAUGCGCAGGCUAAAUGUAAUGUCAGUAUGCAAAGUGUUAACAGCAAAGACUGAUUUUAAUUUCCGUGUUCCUUAUUAGGGUCAAACGCCGUUGUUCCUGGGUUGUAGAGAAGGAAGCAUUCAAACAGUGCGUUAUCUGCUUGUAAACUAUGCAAACCGCAAACUCGCCGACAGCAUGGACAUGACACCGGAAGAUAUCGCCAAACUGAGACACCAUCAUGACAUUGUGGAGUUGCUUACGGACUGGUCGCUGGGUUGUAACUCACCUAAAGCUGUUCCCGCUCCUACGUCACCCCCCGAGGGGCAAAAAUCACCACUAGCUAACAUGGCAUCUCCCCCGGCCACCUCUCCGCCGACCGUGGAAAUUCACGGUGGCGGCGGGCCCGCGAUAAUGCAGCAUUUCUCGGCGGCGCGUCCCAAAACAAACGCUAUGAACAGAUCGCACGGACCUUCGAGACCAAGACCUGCCACCGGAAGUAGUAAUAAUAACAACACGAAACGGAAGCGGAAGAAGACACGGCCUGACGAGGAACAAUACCCGGUGAUAAGCACGGUACCGUCGCUUUCACCAACUGCAACGUUAUCGCCAACAGCUAAUAAUGUAACAGCUGUAUCUUCGUGCGCCACCGGGCAGACGUUUUCACCUAACUGCAUGCAAAUCGCAAACGGACUUUCUCCCCUCGGGAGUGCGGGUAUUUCCCCUGCAGAUUCCACGACGUUGUCGCCGUUGCAGCCUCCGGACUCGCUGGAGCAACAACCGCCGUCACCUUUAGAAAUUCUCUCCCCGGAAGAUCUCGCUGGUUUGGAAGACGUUGGGAUCGACUGCUUGGAUGAGCUCGAUUUUGAUACUCUUAGUCCCCCAACAGAUAUGCCGAUUGAUUUUCCACCCACGACAACUAUUGGACAUUUGGGUCUGAAUGACCACAUUGUACCCACAACGUCUGACUGUAUGUACAUACCAAAUGCGCCUCCUGUCAGGCGGUCGGACCCUCUGGAAGGUCAAAGACUUUAUUCUGUGCAUAGCACACCGGACUUGCAUUGUGGAGGUCUUCAACACCACGAUUCUCGGCCCAUUGUAUUCAAUGGAAGAACUUGUCACUCCGCGCAAAAGGCCUCGAUUGCGACGCCUUCCCUGCUGGCCUCGUAUCAGGCCAUAACGAACUCAAAUAUGUAUCCGUCAAGUGGAGGCGGCGUCAUGCCGUUAAGAAAAGACUUUCACAAUAACGACUAUAUGAUGCAGCAGCCAUUGCAAUUACAAAACCAACUCGUUCUUGGACACAUACCGAUUGCCGCCUUUGAUAACCGCUACGAAUGCGUCUCGCCGCAAAAGAUCGUGUCUUUCCCCACCCCGUCCCCGGACUCGCCGGGGCAGUGGUCGUCCUCAUCUUCAUCCUCAUCUUGCUAGUCAAUCGUCGUGUGCAGUUUGCAUGUUGUCAUGGAGACUGGACUCUCGCCUUCUCCAUUGAGAGUCUUCAAAUGUGAGCUGUGCGUUUAUCCUCCAUCGAUCAUCGCUGUGCCAUGCGCUGUCCUGUUAUUAUUACGCAACAGGACGGGAGAGGGAAGAAGACGGCGAAUUUUAAUUUGUUUGAUGAGCCUUUAAACAGAUCUUUUUGUAAAAGACCAGAAAACAUUGAUGUUAAGUGAAGAUCACGACAAAACACGUAAGAAAUAGCCUUGUCACGUUUGUCACACACGAGCGUUCUGCCGUCCUCUUCUUCCUGCCGUCCUGUUGCAUAAACUCACUAUUUUAUUUGGAUGAGCCUUAACUUCGUAAAAGCGUUUUUAUUUAUUUUGCCGUUACGAAUUUUGUUGCUGGCGACAGAUUAAGUAGGUGGUAUAGUCAGGAUCCAAUAACCCUGAACGAGCUACGGCGUUCUCACAGAUCACUUUUAAUUGUUAGGUCGAUUUUCCUACUUUUGGCUGUCAAAAAAGUGUUACAUUUAGGGUACAAAAGCUGGAGACUAGAAAAUGGUAUACGUGAUGUUUUUAUAUCUACGGUUACUUUUUUUCACUAUCAUACUGUGGAUGCGCACACAUAUGCGACGGAGCUUCUAUUUUGCGGGAGAAAGUACUUCAAAAUGAUGCUUAAAAUAAAUUAGUCUGUAAAAACGCUGUUGCGUAAGCUGAGUUGCUCGCUCCGGGUUAAAUAGCCUCCUGGUACAGUCCGAACAAAUGAAAUCACUGAAUGGGACAAUAUUCAAUGUUCCUCUGUGACGGGACAUGUGAAUUAUCCAUACCGUUCUGAAAAUACCGACUACACAAUUUGUUUUAUCCGUGCGUCAUAGUGCUGUUUAUAUGGCUAUAAAAAUAUUUAAAAAAUACACUAGCGUCCUACGCGAAUCACAAUAUGCAUGCAUUAUAACGAUUCCGUAGCCAAUCAGAAGCCAGGGAAAACGUCCAGGAAACCUUGUUUAAGACACAGAGUUGGUUUCCUGGAGUUUAUCCUCGCGUUUGAUUGGAUAAGUAUUACCUACUAAGCACAUUUCCGGUACUCGUUUUGUACUUUUAUACUGUAUGUUUAUAGUAUAGUAAAUUGUUAAACUGUGCUGAUCAACCAUUACUUACCCCGUGUUACUUAAAAUUGUGUUACGGUCACAGGUAUUGUGUUUUGCUUACAUACCUACCUCUUAUGCGUAUUGUAUACUUACGUUGGUAUUAGAGGGUUUUUAUUUAUUCAAAAGAAACACAAAUGCUCACUCUAUUUGCAGGGUUAGUUAUACGCGGUAAAUUCCGCAGGGGAGGGUAGAGGGGAAGCGGGGCGUCCUAUUCAUAGUCUACUUACGGUAAACGCCUUGAGUUUUGCAGUAAAAAGCGAACUUUUACGUUUUAGACAAGGUAUUCUUUCAUUUAAGAAGUAAUUCGAAGUGGCGAUAAUGCUGCGUUAGUCUUUUUAAAGUCCAUCAACAAGAGGUUGAGUCGAAUCCUGUUUUUU